ACAUGUUAAGUGUUAAUUAAAUUCCUGCGUGCUAAGCAGAUAUAGCAAAGUGUUGUUCUUAUCUUACUUUGAAAGUUUUGCACGGAAAGUGAAAAUUUGUAGUGUAGUUUGAAUGAAAGUUGUCGAGUGCUGACGAUAGGUGAGAUAUUAACAUGUACAAAGUAAAGUAGUGGAUGGCAGCUCAGCAGUGUGUGUGACACGGCAUUCAUCAGUCGGAGAACCCGUGCUGUGGAGAUCUGCUGUCAGGGUCACUGUCAGUGGGGGACCCGGGCCUUGUUGACGAGACCGGUAGCAGAGGGGAAGAAGCUGUUCAGGUGGACAGAGGUUUUGGUCCUGAAGGAGCGCAGCCUCCUGCCAGAGGGGAGCGGGGUACACAGGCUGCCUCUGUCAGGUUAUCAAUAUGGCGUCAUGGAUUAUUCAUGUGACUAUGAUGGUGCUAUCUGUCUUCAUCAGUAGCAGCCAGGGGAAGAGGGACAGGCAGCUCUACUGCUCUGCAUGCAAGGCCAUUGCUGACGAACUGAACUACUCAAUCAGUGAGGUGGACCCAAAGAAAACUAUCCACGUUGGCGGCUUUAGACUCAACCCAGACGGAACCAUGAAAGACAACAAGGUACCCUUUGCUCGCUCAGAGACUCACCUCAGCGAGCUCCUGGAGGGGGUGUGCAACAGCAUGAACGACUAUGCCCUCCAUGUUGACCCAGACACCCAGCACAAGCAGUACAAGAGGUUUGCUCCCAGGAGCAGCGGGGCCCCCGGGGACUUCCCUGACUUUAACCACUUCCAGUUCGACGGACCGGAAGCAUCCAACGCUCUGAAGUUUGCAUGUGAGACGCUGGUAGAGGAUCUGGAGGACGACAUCAUCUCGUUGUUCAGACAGGACACAGAGAAUGUGAGAGAGGAGUUAUGCAGCAGAGUCUCAGGUACACGCACUCUGACCCAACUCCACACCACACAGACUCUUCUGUGAUGGAGUGGUCUCACUCUCAGCUGAAGGAGGCACCACCCCUCAGACUACUGUAAAGAUAGCGGUCGCACCAACGAGGAAUUGUAGAUUUUGAGAGAACGGAUGUGGGACCAGCUUUGUUGCCGAGAUCACAACAAAAAUAAAACAAUAUUUCAAAUAAUCUGUUUUUGACAAAUGACCUUUUUCUUUAAUAAAUAAUAAAAAAACAAACGUUGAAAUGUU